UUGUUAGUAACUGGUGUUUUGAACAGUCAGUCAUGGAGGAUCAGAAAGUUCAGACCUGCGACUUUUACAGAACGGAUCCAAACCUGCCGCACAGGUUCAACAACCCGGACUGUUUCCAUGGUAGCAGUCAGAAAAUCAGUCACCCACUUUAUCGAACAUCGAACCAAACUUAUGGCAGCAAGAUGCCGACUGUGCAUGAGAUCCAGACUGUGUUUAAAGCGAACUCCAGUCACUUCUCGAAGGCAAUGCUGCGGAGUGGGAUGUACCGCGAUCAUGGCUUCAACACGUCUGUGGAGAGGAGCAGAGUAAUGGUUUCCACAGUAACCCAGCACAACAGAGUCAACCACCAUUGUUUCUGUCACUUUGGAAACCAAAGUACUCACCAUGAUGGAAACAAGUAACAAAACAGUCUGUAAUCGUUAAUAAAAGAGUGAAGUAAGA